ACAACCAUACAGAAAACAUAGCAACCAUCAUAUGCAACAUCUCCUUCUUUCUCUUUUGUACGAAGGACCCAUAGAUUUUACAACAUAAGGAACAAAACCAUAAAUGAUACAAAUACUAAUAUACGUAAAUUAACAAAAAACAUAAAUCUAAAAAUGGAUUUAUCGAUUCUUUAAAAAGAAAUACAAAAGCCACUUGCUUUGAAAUUUAACGAUUCCUUUUCACUUUUCUUAAUCCUAAUCCAAAGUUGUUAAAUUAUAUUCAACUCACCUCUAAUUUAAAAAGAUUUUUUUUUUUUUUUUUCCUUCUUUCAGGAUAGAAAUUUUUAGUUGAAAAGCAAACCACUUUUUGUGAGACUUGGACAAAAUCACUGUGCUGAUAGGAUUUUCCUAAAUCAUUGAAUAUGAGAAUCCAAGCCUCUAAAAUCCAAACUCAUAAAUCAUUCCUCACAUCAUGGCUCUAUGCUCUUCAGGACACACUCAUCUCCAGGUACAACAUCUUCUAUCUUCUUUAACGUUUACAAUUUUUUUGCUCCUGAUAACAAUCCCAUAUUCAUCUCCUCUAGAGUUUGAUUACCCAGUAUUAGAUCAAACUAAUCGUACUCUAAUAGCUCAAGGAAAUACUACAUACUUGGGUUCAGGAAUUGAACUAACAAAAAACAAAACACACCAGAUUGGUCAUGUCCUGUAUUUUAUGGAUUUGAAACUUUGGGACAAAGCUUCGGGAAGAGUAGCAAAUUUCACUACCAAUUUCUCCUUCAUAGUCUAUUCAACAAACCAAGCUGGCAAAAAUGGGGAUGGGUUCGCCUUCUUCCUAGCACAGCCUCCAUUCCGGAUUCCUUAUUUCACCGACGGGAGUCGUAUUGGUUUGAUGAAUGAAGGUGGCUUUGCCUCUAGUUCAAAUCCAUUCGUUGCUGUGGAGUUUGAUACUUUUCCAAACCGUGUCGACCCACAAGAUAUGGAUGAACAUGUAGGUAUUAAUGUCAACUCCAUGGUUUCUAGGAAAACAACAUCUUGGUUAUGUAAUAUCACAACUUGGAAUGUCUAUAAUGCCACAGUCAGUUACAGUUCUACAACUAAAAAUCUAAGUGUUUCCUUCACUGGAUACAAAGACUCUGUUCCAGUUCAGCAGAGUCUUUCCGAUGAGAUUGACUUGGCAGAUUACUUGCCUGAAAUGGUUACCAUUGGUUUCUCAGCUGCUAAUGGAAAGCUGACUUCAAGACACAUACUUCGUUCAUGGUCUUUUCGAUCCGAAGAGGUCCCAACAAGAACAAACUCCUACACAGGAUUGAUCGUGGGGUUGAGCAUAGGUGUUUGUGCUUUCAUUGGAGUUUUGAGCUUGAUUUGUCUCUGCCUAUGGAAAUGGAAGAAAAGGAAUAAAAGAGAGGAAGAAAAUGUUUUAGUUCUCGAGCUGUCCAUGGACAACGAUUUCGAGAGGAGUAGUGGAGCUAGAAGGUUUUCCUACGAUGAGUUAGUAGCAGCGACAAACAAUUUUUCAGAGGAAGAAAAACUUGGACAAGGAGGAUUCGGUGGGGUAUAUAGAGGGUUUCUACAAAGCAUAGAUUCAUUUGUUGCUAUAAAGAAAGUAUCCACAGGAUCAGAACAAGGGUUAAAAGAAUAUGCAUCAGAAGUAAAGACAAUCAGCCGACUAAGGCACAGGAAUUUAGUGCAACUCAUAGGUUGGUGCCAUAGAAAAAAAGAUCUACUCCUUAUCUACGAGUUCAUGUCAAAUGGGAGCUUAGAUUCCCAUCUUUUCAAAGGUAAAAGCUCAUUGACUUGGGCCGCAAGAUACAAUAUAGCUAGGGGCUUGGCUUCAGCACUGCUAUACUUGCACGAAGAGUGGGAACAAUGUGUGGUACAUAGGGAUAUAAAAUCAAGCAAUGUUUUGUUGGACUCCAACUUCAAUGCUAAAUUGGGUGAUUUUGGAUUGGCAAGGUUGGUAGACCAUGAAAAAGGGUCACAAACCACGGUUGUGGCCGGGACUCUAGGCUACUUGGCACCUGAAUGUUUCACCACAGGCAUAGCCAGCAGAGAGUCAGAUGUCUACAGCUUUGGCGUUGUGAUUUUGGAGAUAGCUUGUGGAAGAAAACCCAUCGAGCCAACGACUAGAGGCAGUCAUAUGGGAUUGGUGCAGUGGGUUUGGGAGCUCUAUGGGAUGGAAAAGGUAUUGGAAGCUGCUGAUCCUAGACUUUGUGGAGAAUUUGAUGAACAACAAAUGGAAAGAUUGAUGGUUGUUGGGCUUUGGUGUGCUCACCCAGAUCAGACUCUUAGACCUUCAAUUAAGCAAGCAAUUUAUGCACUUGAUUUUGAAGCUCCACUUCCUGUUCUACCACCAGAGAUGCCUUUGCCAACUUAUGGACAUCCUUCAGUUCAAAGGUCCAAUGCAAGAGCUACUUGUGGUUCGGAGGAUGGCCAAUUAGAGUCUUCAACCAAUAGUACUAGUAAUUACACAGUUUCUUCUCGGUUUACCUCGUCUUCUGGAACAGCUUCUCCUUGCACGGCACUUUUGGCCUCUACUCAAGUUGGGUGUGUAUAAAUUUAAUGCUUUUUCAAUUUGCAUAUAUAAUUUUUUUUUUUUUCUUUUUAAUUGAGGAUGGGGAUUCGAACUCUUGUUUAAGUGUCGAUUUUAGCCAUGUUUUUCUUUAGCUUACAUAUCAUGUUUCAGAAGAUAUCAAAUCUUUUCUUCCUUUCCUAGAAGCUCAAAUCUCUUUCACUACUUGCGGUUUUACCAAUGUUUUGUUGGUAUUCCUGCACAAUUAAUUUGUACGAACGUUUUGUUGGUAUUCCUGCAUAAUUAAUUUGUCUCAUCUACAGCAAAUUUC